UGCAGGACGUCCAGACAGUAAACUGUUGCAUUUGCUUUAUAUUCUGGAAAAGAAUAAAAUAUAAGAAUGAAGGUUUCUAUUUUUUUAAUUGUCUCUCUGCUGUUGGUUUUUGCUGAAGUUAACAUGGCUAAUGAAGAAAUGCUGGAAGACAAUGGACUUCUUGAGAAAAGUGUAGGAUGUAGUGGCAGACCUUGCAGUCUUUUCAAUCCGUGCUGCUACAGACACAAAUGUUCUUACGGACAAUGCACCUACGGAUACGGCAAGUGAGUUCCCGCAUCCAUAACUUACAAGUACUAGAAAACCUGAAGCAACAGACACACGGAAAUGAACUUCCUUUUA